AUGUCAGGGAUUCUACCCUUUGUUGAAGAUACAGUAGGAGAAAAGUUGAAGCGGCAUAGACAAGAGCCAGUUCUGAUAGAGUCAAUAAUACGGGGUGAUGAAAGUACACCUCCGGUUAACACUGGAUACAAGAAGGAUGAGUCUUACACAUCAUUUGCAAUCGAAGAAGUGAAUAAUGAUCCCGACGAGCUAAUAAAUUUACGGGGAGAAGGGAGGUACUUUGGGGUAACAGAUCCGGACAAUGAAAAUCAACAAUCACUAGGCCCAAUAUGCGAUAAUUGCCAUGAACGUGGUCAUAAACGUGCACAGUGUAAGGUUGUCAUUUGCCACAAAUGUGGGAAAGUAGGCGAUCAUUACGAGUCACAAUGCCCUACAACUCUAGUUUGUUUAAGAUGCGGUGAAAAGGGUCAUUACAUCCUGCAAUGUAAAAGCAAAGUACGGAAGAAGCAAUAUUGCCGCAAUUGUGAUUCGUUUCAACACGGAGAUGAAGAUUGUCCCAGUAUAUGGAGAUCGUAUUUAACAAAAAGAGCCGCAAAUGUAGCGGACGAAGAUGCAGAAAGUCUAGUUUUGCCUAAUAUUUAUUGUUACAACUGUGGAUCUGACGAACAUUAUGGAGAUGAUUGUAACAAACAAAGGUCAUCGCGUAUUCCCAACCUUGGUAGUGCAUUCAGUGGUAAUAAUUUGCCCAGAAAUUUACGACCUAUUUACUUCCUCAGAUUGAAAAACAGCGACUCUGGAUCAUCUCGUGGUUCCGAGUACGAUCCUAGUCUAACACCAAGAGAUUACAAUUCACAGUAUGAUCCAAGAGAAACAAGUAAACGGACCGGCAAUUUCAAUUUUAAUGGAAAUGCUCCAUCUUACAGCCAGCAGCAACCAUCGAGGUCUGGGUUUAUACCGAUGAAUAAUGGAGGAUCUAGAUUCCCUUCUGGCCCAUCUGCAAAGAGCUACCAAAGUGGAUACUAUAACAAUUCUGACAGCCAAGGUCGCAAUAAUGGAUACGGUAACAAUAACUAUGGACGAAAUGGUCAUGGAAGUAAUGACUUUGGCAGAAGCAGCUAUGGAAAUAACUCUACCAGUGGAAGCCGUCAACCAUCAAGAAGUGGAUUCGUGGGAAGUAGGAAUGUCUCCAAGGGAGAUAGGAUAUCAAAACCUUCAAGAAGCGGGCUCAUUGAUAAUAGUAAAAGCAAGUAUAAAAAGAAACAUAUACGUUACUAG